ACAAGUCCUUCACCAAAGCUUGCAAAUAGCUAUGUAGUGAUUUGAUGAAAUGAAACCAGAGCCGCCUUCUCCCCAUCGCUCAUACUCUUGUCAAUCAACCUCCCUCUGAACAAUAGCACGGUAUGGCCCCAGUGGGGGAUAAACAACGCAGUAAUCCCGCUCCUCUCUCUCUCUACUCGGUCUCUGCGCUGUAAGCUGCACACGGGCCAGUCAGUACUUUACUAAUAUGAUUAAGCAGUAGUGGGAGGAAACCACACAUGUAUGGUCCUAAACUGAGGACAGCCAUCUCCAAAACCAUUUUUAAGAUGAGAGCUGCACCUAGUUCCUCCAAAGAAUGCAAAAAGUGUCAAAGUUAAUAAAGAUAAACAUCUACACAGGUCUACAUGCUUUAAAAAUAGACAAAAAACAGGCCAUCUGCCUCUUAGCAUAGUGGAGCAGGGAGGAUUAAAUCCAGAUUAUGGUCGUUGUGUACGUGUGUGUUAGUGUGUGUGUGUGUGUGUGUGUGUGUGUGUCUGUUGCCUGUCGUCAGUGUGUCCUUGGCUCCGUAGACAAGCAGCAGGUUAGCUAGAGAGCUACCACUGGAUUUGACAGCUAUAGAAAGCCAAACCGGAGGGCGCCAUCAGGGGAGCAGCAUCUCUUUCACCUACAAAAAAAAAUAUUCUCACCCUCGCAGAGUGAACACAGCAACUCAAGAUGGCUUUCUUGAUCAAGAGCAUGAUUGGGAACCCCCUGUCAGGAAUUGGCCUUGGUGGUGGAGGUGACAAAGAAGAGGAGGCCGCCCCCACAGAUCCAGCCAAAGCAGCAGGGAUGACACGAGAAGAGUAUGAAGAGUAUCAAAAACAGGUGGUGGAGGAGAAGAUGGAGAGAGAUGCAGAUUUCUUAAACAAGAAAGCAGAGAGGGCGACACUCAGGGUGUGCCUCAGAGACAAAUACAGGCUGCCAAAGAGCGAGCAGGAUGACAACAUGAUUGAGAUGGCCGGGGACGACGUGGACGUUCCCGAGGAGCUGCUGAAGAUGGUGGAUGAGGACGCCACGGAGGAGGAGGGCAAGGACUCCCUCAUGGGCCAGUUUCAGAACUUGCAGAACAUGGACAUGGACCAGCUAAAGGAGAAGGCGUCAGCCACCGUCACCGAAAUGAAGACAAAAGCAGAGGAGAAGUGCUCCGUCAUGUGAACAUGUGAGGGGGGGGGGGGGUAGUCUAUGUUUGAAUGAUGAGGAAUACGAGGAAGAGAAUGACACAGGAAAAUGAAUUCCAACACUUUCUGGGUAUCUGCAGGCUGAGCUGUAUAAAUACAUUUGGGAUUUGGUUACAACAGCAAACCAAUAAUUUACUUUUAUUAUAAGCUAAAUCAUCCUGCUAACAUCUACUGAAGGAUUUACUGUAACAUUCCCUGUUAGCUUGUUUACGAAUGGGUAGUCAUUUACAACUUAUGAUUGCAAUAAACUGAACAUAUUUGAAUUGCAACCACAGUGCCCCAUCUCUCCCCAAUGGCUGUUUUCCUUUGAUGCAUUUUGUAGAAAAGUGAUUUUCCAAGCCAAGUAUUCCUUUUCACAUUUAAAGGCCACAAUACUUUUCAAAACAUUGAUUUCACGCCAUCUAAUGUUCACUUUUUCUGUUUGUUGUAAAAUGAGACAGUUAAAGUCUCUGAAAGUGUGUUUUCAGUCAAAUAUAUAACUAACCAAAACUACCCUGUGUGAGUGUUUCAACUUUCCUUUUGGUUUGUUGGUUAUUUUAGAUUAUUUUUUUUGUAUGUAUGUGGUGUUUGAAUUAAUUAUGACUUUUAGAUUUUUGUUUUCUUUUGGUGUUGUCACAAAGCAGUGUUCAUAAAUCCCAACAUGUUUUAUUUAUUUAACAUUUCUACACAUACA